CAACUUGGGUUCAUGCGUCAAGCACUUUUAGCCCUCCUAGCAGGAAACUUAUCCAAGACAGCUCAUUUUCAGAUGGUUUUGGAGCCUUCAUUUCAGACCAAUGAUCAUCCCUAUCUCCUUAUCCUCUUCUUCCUUCUUUAAAUCAUCACAUUUACCUUUAGCAAUGUCUCCGUCAUGCUCUCCCUUUUUCAAGGUUUCAGUGAUGCGUGGUUUGCUUCUCGUGUUCAGUUUUCACACUUCUAAUCGUGCAUGUUCUCCUUUUCUUGCUGAUGUGAUAUCUUUUGUGGGCGUUUAGUCAUCCUGCAGUAAGUUUCUAGCUUUCCGACUCGGUCUACUUGUGUAUGAAUAAUCACACUAGCUUUUGAUUUUUCUUCUAUGGCUUGUUCUUCCUUUGGAAAAGUCGUCUCUUUUUGUUUCUUCAGUCUUUACGACACUUCCUCACUGCUCCAUGUAAAAGGCGUUUGAAGGAAGAGAUGUUUUGAGGGUUUGGGGGGUAGCUAGAGAGCUGUAAUCGGAUAGCAAUGAAUUUUAGCUCCUUCAGUGUGAUGAAGUUGUGUAAAAUGAAGAAUGGUGAUCACCAUCAGAAAGAAGCAGAAGAGAUUGCUGGUAAAAAUGUGAGGCUCUUUUCCUAUAAUGCAUUGAGAUCAGCAACACGGAACUUCCAUCCAUCUAACCGAAUAGGCAGAGGUGGCUUUGGAAUUGUUUAUAGGGGAGUUUUGAGGGAUGGAACUCAAGUUGCUGUGAAGUCUCUCUCUGUUGAAUCUAAGCAAGGAAAAAGGGAGUUCUUAACUGAGAUUGACAUGAUUUCAAAUAUACAACAUCCAUGCCUUGUUCGACUUAUUGGUUGUUGUGUUGGGGGUGGUAGUCGAAUGCUGGUCUAUGAAUAUCUGGAGAACAAAAGUCUUUCAAGUGCUUUACUCAGUUCGAAGUCUAAACGAAGUGUUUUAGAUUGGCCUAAGAGGGCUGCAAUCUGUACAAGCACCGCUCACGGCCUUGCAUUUCUUCAUGAGGAAGCCGAACCCCGAAUUAUUCACCGAGAUAUCAAGGCCAGUAAUAUACUUCUUGAUGGGGACCUUAAUCCUAGAAUUGGGGAUUUUGGGCUGGCCAAACUUUUUCCAGAAAAUGUCACUCACAUUAGUACUAGAGUGGCAGGAACCAUGGGAUACAUGGCACCGGAGUAUGCAUUGUCAGGAAGGUUAACAGAAAAGGCUGAUGUCUACAGUUUUGGUGUGCUCAUGCUUGAAAUUAUUAGUGGUAGAAGUAGUAGCAAGGCUGCAUUUGGGGAGAAUCUUCUGGUCCUAGUGGAAUGGACAUGGAAACUGAAGGAAGACAACAGUCUGUUGGACAUGGUUGAUCCAGAACUGGUUGAGUACCCUGAGGAUGAGGUUUCAUGUUUCAUCAAGGUGGCACUGCUGUGCAUCCAAGCGGUGUCUUGGCAGAGGCCCACCAUGACGCAAGUUCUGCAAAUGCUCUCCAAAGAGGUCAGCCCGGAUUCAAUGGCGCUAACACGGCCAGGCUACUACAAGCAUUCAGAUGGUGGGAUUGGCCAUUCAUGGAUGACUUCUUCUGAGGUACCAAAAAGAAAGCAACUGAUAAAUCCCCUUGUCACUUCGACCCGUGUAAGCAGCUGUUCUGUAAGCAUUACACAGGUGCUGCCUAGGUGAAAGAAUUUAAGACUAGUUCCCUGUGAACAGGAUCUCAUUCAUUUGCCUCUUUCAUUAACGAUUAUUUCUUUCGCUAUUGGAAAGCUAGGUUGAUCAAAAAGAAAAAAUGAGAAAAGGAAAAAAGUUUUGGCCAUGUAUAAUCGUUUCUACUAGUUCUCAUUUUUGGCUUGUUUGUCAGCUUAAUGAGCAGAAACCGCUUUCUUUGAUUCAAUCCCAAAAGAUUUCAU